CCUUAAUAUUUCCCUUUACAUUUGGAAGUCUUCAAAAAGGAAGAACACACUUUCCAACAGGCGAUGAUGAAGAAAGGCACAUAGGAAAAGUGUCUAAGAAGAGGAGUUCAAGAUGGAGGAAACAUGGGAACUUCAGCUGACCACUGCUCUGUAUAUGACCGCUGAUCUCUUAAUCUCCACCAACCUAACCUCCCUCAGCAACCUAACCAACAGCACCAACACCAGCUCCAUCCUCGCUGUCUCCAGCAUCAAGCUCUCCCCUUAUUACCAGCACUCCCUGGUCAUAGCAGCCAGUUUUACCCUGGCCUACCUGUUUAUCUUCCUGCUGUGCAUGGCAGGUAAUAGCCUGGUGUGCCUCAUUGUGAUGAGGAACCGUCACAUGCGGACAGUCACCAACUUCUUCAUUCUCAACCUGGCUAUCAGUGACCUGCUGGUGGGCAUUUUCUGCAUCCCCACCACACUGGUGGACACCAUCAUCACAGGGUGGCCUUUUAGCAAUGCUGUGUGCAAGCUAAGUGGUCUGAUACAAGGGACAUCAGUGGGUGCCUCUGUCUUCACCUUGGUUGCCAUCGCUGUGGACAGAUUCCGCUGUAUUGUUUACCCCUUUAAGCCUAAGCUAACUCUUCUUGUUGCUAAGGCAACUAUAGGGCUGGUAUGGGCUCUUGCAUUGGCGAUCAUGCUUCCGUCAGCUGUGAUGCUGAUGGUGAAGGCAGAGGAGGGUCAUUUCAUGGUUUCCAGUGACAACCAGACCUUUCCUCUCUAUUCCUGCUAUGAAACCUGGCCGGACCCGGAGAUGAGGAAGGUUUACACCACAAUCCUGUUCACACUACUCUAUCUGGUGCCCCUGGCUGUCAUUAUAAUCAUGUACGGCUGCAUCGGGGCCAAGCUCUACUCUCCAGCUGUACUGUCCAGUAGGGGGCACCUAGACGUCAAGUCCCCCAUCUCCCAGAGGAAAGUCAAAGUGGUUAAGAUGCUCAUUGUAGUUGCCCUCCUCUUCAUGCUGUCCUGGCUGCCUCUCUGGACUCUGAUGCUCAUCACAGACUACGCUACACCUGGGGGGGAACAACUAGACCUUCUGACCGGCUACAUCUACCCCUUCGCCCACUGGCUGGCCUUCUCCAACUCCAGCAUCAACCCUGUCAUCUAUGGUUACUUCAAUGAGAACUUCAAGAAGAGUUUUAAGGCCGCCUGUCGCCCUGGGAUUUGUUGCAGUAUGGUCCCUCGCGAACCUGUGGUGAGCCAGGUUCAGGAAGGGCCUCUGCGGGACACAGUCCGAAACGCCAACCUUCUCGUCAGCCUCGGGAUGAGAAACCGUAUCUACACCGACAGUGACCUCACGGGCUGCGUACGUCUGGAGAUGGAGCAAAGGAGGGAAGAGGGCUCGGCAGAGGCAGGUGUCUUGAGGGACUCUGGGGCUGAGGGAGGUAGCAUCAACAGCCGAGUGUCAAUGAAAAGACGUCUUCAUGCUGAUCAUGUUGAUAAGAUCUCUCCAAUGGGGGUCACUGUUUGUCAGGUAUGGGAGCUUUGAAGGGCAGCUCAUGGGUGGACCACAGGAGUGGGGCAUGUAAAUACAUGGUGAAGUUGGAGACUGAAGCAGUUGAAAAUAACAGGGUACUGUCAUAUUAUUACCUACCUGACAACAGUAACCAAAUCUAGAGGAGUGUACAUACCACAUUGAAAUCUCCUAAUGUCAUGUAUAGUAUACAGGAUCUCCUAUAGGGGGCCUUAUUAAAUGUUUAAUGGUAAAUUACAUUUCUCAACUUCAGGCAUCAUUGCUGGGAAAAAAAGAAAUUACUGAUGAUUAAACUCACAAUUUUAUCUCGGCAGGCAUUUUAUUUGGAGAAUAUUGCUGGUUUAAAACCUUGGUAAAUCAGUUUGCUACUCCCAGCCUCUAGCUGACUAAAUAAUAUUUUAGCUCCUGUGUUGUAAAUUCAACAGGUUACUCCCAUCAAUUACGUGCUGACCGCCUUUCUGAUGAUUGAUCCGCUGGGGUAGAUAUGCUUGACCUGUUUUGCCUCCUGCUUUCCACCUGACUUCAUUUCUGAAUUAUUCGGAGAUGUAUUUUAUUCUGAUGAUUAUACCUGGUAAGUCCUCAUUGUUUGGAAUGUACAAAAGCAGUGACCC